UUGCUAGACGCCACUAUGGGAACUGGCCGAGGUCAUUUUGCGAGCAGAGUAAGCGUUGCUCUCUUUGUCGUUGGUUGUAAUGUUGCUGCCCAAGAUUAUUUUGAAGAACAUCACCACAAAUAUCAAGUAAGAACUCCAUCGGAACACCUAAAUGAAAUACCAAAACAUUUCGACGUAAAAGGGGAAAACGCUAUACCUAUUUUCAACAAAUACCUCAACGACAUCCGCGAGCUGGCGUCAAAGAAAAACAUCUCCAUUGUUUACAAAGUCAAAGUGGACACCUUAAUUAAAAACAAACACAAAAAUCUAAACAAGCAACGGGUGAAUAAGAAAUCCAAGAAGUACAAUAUUCCUUUGAAAAAGAGGAGCAUGAAACUAUCGAAUUUCGAAAUAAUUAUGAGGAAACGUGCAAGCGAAUUUGGUGCUAAACAACAAAGUUUGGAUGAUAAUAAUAAUAUAAUCACUGCUACGGAAAAACACAAAGUAAUUUAUACUACAAAGCAGCCGAUGUCAGGUAAAUACAAGCCUGAGAUAGGCGCCGUUAAGACAAAGUACUUUAAACAUAUCCGACCUGUUAAAAAGACAGAGUUUGAAUUAAAAACGUGAUGCUAAAUAAUAUUUUUUGGAAUUAACUUUUUACUUGAGACUGUGCUUCGUUUAAGGUAGUUUUACUGGACCUUUUUGUAUUAAA